AUGGGUAAAGCCGAAGUUUUUGCUCAUAACGUUCGGUUUUACAAUCCAGAAUGUAGAGCCAUACAUUGUAUGGCUCUCGAGAGAAAAAAGAAAAAAUUGGCUCUGUCAAGAUCGGAUAAUUCAAUCGAAAUUUGGGAUGUUGGAUCUACACCCUACCUGCAAAAAGUUUUUUCUAGUUUAAAUUUUUCUAUUGAAGAUAUAAAAUGGUACGGUAGUAGAUUGUUUAGUUGUGGACUGCAAGGCUACAUAGUUGAAUAUAAUUGUUUAAAUGAAUCAAUUUUAUAUUCCCAAUAUGUAACAGGUGGACCAGCCUGGUGUAUCGAUAUAAAUGAAAAAAAAGGUUUAGUCGCAUGUGGUACUGAAGAUGGUUACAUCAACAUAUUAGAAAUAUUAGAAGAUAAAUUAGAACAUUAUAAAUUUUUGGAUAAGCAACAGGGUAGAAUUUUAUGCCUGUGCUGGGACAAAUCCGGUCAGCAUUUAGUAACAGGAUCAGUUGAUGUAAUCAGAGUUUGGAAUGUUGAAACAGGGCAUGCAAUACACAAAAUGAUGACUGGAAGAAAUAAAAAUAAUCAGGAAACAGUUGUAUGGUGCUUAUCAGUGACAAGUGACUUCACAAUUAUCAGUGGUGAUUCUCGGGGUUGUCUUUGUUUUUGGGAUGGUAAAAUCGGUGCACAAAUCGAAAGUAAUAAUUCUCAUGACGCUGACAUAUUAUCGUUGACACUAACAGAUGAUGAAUCUGCUGUGUAUUGUGCAGGUGUAGACCCUUUAAUAGUAAUUUAUGGAAAGGUUUCCGAUUAUUCUGGUGGAAGACGAAAAUGGGCUAAAGGAGGACAAAGAAAAAUUCAUGAACAUGAUGUUAGAGCAUUAGCUAUAUCAUCUGAUAAAAAACUUUAUUCUGGUGGUAUUGAUGGUUAUUUAGCCUUAAGUUCAUAUCCACCAAAAGUUCUUAUUAAAUUUCCUCCUCUUUUAAAGGGACCCUGUUCCACUUUUGUUUCAUCCAAAAAGUAUGUUCUCCUCAGGCAUUUAACACAUUUAGAAUUGUGGAAAUUGGGACAAGUUUCUCUCGAUCAAGAUACUUACGAUUCAUUUAUACCAUUAGAUGAAAACGAAAUUAAAUUAUUGCAAUUGAACGCAAAGAAAAACGACGUCAUAAUAUCAGCUUCCCUAUCCGAGGAUGGACGAUUCUUGGCUUAUUCCACAGAUAAAUCCAUCAGCUUUUUUGAAUAUUCACCUGAAGAAACUAUGCCAUUGAUUAAAUUACCAUCGACGUCUGAUAACCUUGGACCUUGCAGACUCAUACAAUUUUAUCAGUUGAAAGAAAAAAAUUUUUGCGCAGUGGUAACGAAAAAUAACGAAAUAAAUAUAUUAGAAGUUAAUGAAACAGGUCCGGACGUUUUGCAAACAAUCGAACCGUUGGAAAAUAAAAUUUUUACCGAUACGAUUUCUCACUUGACGGUACCGUCGGAUACCUGUUACCUGAUAGCAGCUGAUUGUAGCAGUAACAUUGCCGUGUGGUCAAUAUCAGAUUGGAGUUUGCAUUGCACUUUGCCAAAACAUAACGUUCCCAUAACGGCCAUAUCUAUGAGAAAAGGAUCUCAUCAAGUUGUCGUCGCUUAUUCGGAUUUAAAGAUAAUCGAAUACGAUUUAAAAGAGAGACAGUACACGCAAUUUUCUAAAAAUCUCGACGAUACUCUUUCGAGUCAUUUACACACGACGAUAUCGAGCAUAACAUUCGAUACGAGAAAAAAUUCAAGUUUGAUUGUACACGACGAUUCGUAUAUUUGCGUUUUCGAUAAAAAUAACGUGGUGUCGAAAAGCGAAGCGAAACAAGCGAAAUUACACGAUGGAGAAGACACGUCGAGUUCGAUCGUAAAUAAAAAACAAUUAUUUAACGUAAUUAAAAAAUCAAAGCAUAUAGUUUCAGUAAGUUGGUUAGAGGGUGAAGAAAUGGUCAUAGUUUCGGUGAAUCCGUUAAAAUGGGCGGAAAAUUUACCUCCACCGCUACACAAAAAACUUUUCGGAACGUAA